UACUGGAAAGUUAAAACACAAAUCUGACUUGUGAGACCUGAAGUUGUCGCUUCCAAACAAACACUGUAGUUAGUCGCUAAAGUGAAUUGUCGUUGCCCUCAACCGGACUCGGGAGAACGAGGGUAAAAUGCUGUCGACGGCCUUCACAGGUGCGGCACCGGCUGCGGGGCGAGGAGGUGCGGAGCCGGUUACGACACCGGGGUCAGUUAGACAAAGCAACGACCGCGAAGGUGCUCGGGUCGGGAGGGAGAUAUCAGAAGGAAUCGGUGUGCAGGAGUGGCCCGACGGCUCCAAAUAUGAGGGAGAGUCUAUAAACGGCCUCAAACACGGCAAAGGAAGGUACAGCUGGACAAAUGGAGAGUACUAUGAGGGCUCUUUCUACAAAGACUACAAGCAUGGAGAUGGACUGUAUUGCUGGCCCACGGGCCAAAAGUUCAUUGGCAAGUUCUACCUCAACAGAAGGGAGGGAUAUGGUCAGCAAGUGUUCUCCGAUGGAGCUGUCUUUCAGGGCUUGUACCACAUGGAUCAGAGGUUUGGUCCAGGUGUGCUCAAAUAUCCAGAUGGGCGAGAGGAUGUGGGUCUGUGGCUCAAGGACCACCUGCUAAGGUUGUGUACCCCUUUGGAAGAGGGAUUUAGCCUGAAGAGUUUUCCUGAAUAUUCUGCCUACAUGGAUCCAUCAGUCACUGAAAAAUCCCUGACCCAGUCUAUCUCUGGUGGUCUACAGCAACAAAAAAGGACACACUCUGAGGGGGAUGAAGACAGAGAUGUGCUGUUAGAUGAGAUUUUCAUCUAUCCACCUGGCAUGGAGAGUUACUCAACAGAUGGCGACCACUUGCCACUCCCCCCUGGUCGAAGGACAGAGCUGGAUCGACAUUUUUAUGGCGAGCUGUGGGAGCCGGACGCUCAUCCUUACCAAGGCUAUGCAAGAGACCCACUGUCCACAAUGCCAUUACAGGCCCGCCUUCAAGCUCACAUACACAACCACAGGCUGCAGGCUGCAAAUGUGGGCUGGGACACGGCAGCCGUUCUCUCUAUGAACAGGGACAGUUUUGGUCCUAAAGGGCCUUUGGAAGUCAGUUCAGAAUUGCUUAUCCAGCACUCCUCCAAAGGAGACCUGCACGCUGUAUCACAGAUCCUCAGGACUGGUUUAGUCUACCCUGAUGUAGCAGAUUCGCACGGACACACAGCUCUGAUCGCUGCCACCGUAAACUGCCAUAAUGAUGUGAUCCACCUGUUGUUGGACAUGGGUGUUGAUAUUGACAAGAUGAACUGUGAAGGCAUGUCUGCCCUGGCUGUGUGUCAUGUCCUCUACUAUCCUUUUCAAUCUCUGCACAUCACUGGAGCUGAACCACCUGCUAGAAACCAAAUCAGCCAAGUCGACCUCAAUACGGACACAUCGUUAAUUAACAACCUCUCUGACCAAUCAAUAGAAGAACCAACUGAACACAUUUCACUUCUCAACCGUGAAGCAUCCAGUGACAGUGAGGUUGAAGAUACAGAAAGAGAAUUUAAAAGGGGGGACAAGAAAGACAAACAGGGUGAGUCUGCUGAGACCAACGAGUUAAGCACAGAUUACCUGGAAGAGGAGAGUUGCGAGGAGGAUGAGAAAGAUGUGGAGGAUAUAGAGGGCAGCGAUGAGAGUGGAAAAGAGGAGGUGUCUUUUGUAGAACGCUCCAUUCAAGUGCUGGAUGGUCACAUUAAACUGGGCACCGUGCAGUGGAAGGGAGCUCAAGCUAAGCAUGCCAAAGAUCUGCCCUCAAAACAGAGCUUUGACUCCACCUGUUGUCUCAGAAGCUACGAAAUUCAAGUCACAGACAAAAUGAUCCAGCUCGCUGCUGAAGCUCUGAGUCGCACAGGGGUUUCCAUGCACUGCAGCACGCAGGAGACAGUACGCAGAAUGGCUGCUAUGAAAAUAGAGCACCGCAUUCGUUUGGACACCAUGAAACUGUUGUUGGACCGUGGAGCUGAUCCCAAUGCAGCCAGGAUCCCCAUGCCCGUGCUCUUUUUAGCCAUUAUGGCAGCUGACACUGAGAAUGUGAGGAAACUGCUGCUGUGCGGAGCUCGCACUGACAUCCCUCUUCCACCAGAGAGGAAAGGCUUGUAUCCCCUGCAUGUAGCUGCAGCACUGCCAGGUCCAGCAGGUCCCAGAAUCACACAGCUGCUGCUGCACGCCAUCACCGACCCAGACGUACAGGCGUGCGACCAGGACGAGAUCUAUGAACCAGACAAGAUUUCCACAAAGGCCACAGAAACACUGAAUACCAGCCCACAUCUCAAAGAAGGAGGCCGCACCGCUCUACAUUUUGCCUGCCAGAGAGAAAGUGACUACAGGAAUGCCAGUGAAGUGGUUGCCAUCUUGCUCUCCCACAGAGCCAGUACAGACCUUCUCUGGAGCGGCCACUCACCUCUCUCCUUGGCUAUAGCAAGUGGCAAUGAUAUGGCGGUAGAGGAGCUGUUGAAUGGAGGUGCAGAUCCCAACUUACCCCUGGGCUGGAGGGUGGGGAGUGCGGUUUGUGCCCUCAGCAACAUCAACUACCACUUAGUUGGGCACAGAAUUAAGCUGUUGGACACGUUAACCAAGGCUGGAGCUGAUAUCUUGAUGCCAGUUACAGUGUGUGGCAUUGUUGGAACUGCAGUUGAUUAUGCACGCUACUCCUUCAAACAGGACUCACAUAUUGCUAAUACUCCUUUCCACGCUCUGAGCAUUCGGGAGAGAAAAAUAUUCGAAGCACGGCAAAAGCUGCUGAGCAAGAUGGAAGACUUGAUGAGGCAGGUUGCUGCUGAGACGGAAGCUGGAGACCUUUCCUCCAACAAGGCUCUUGCCAGCAAUAAAAGCCUACCAGAGGAAACACAAGAGCACAGGAAACCAGUGUUAAAGUUCUGUUUUCACUGCGGUCGCUCAGUGUCUGUGAAUCUGACCCCGGGAAGGCGCUGCAACAAGGUCUCCUACUGCUCCAGGACCUGCAAGCUCAACUCCUGGGAAGAAAGACACAAGAAAGAGAGCGUCCAGGUGUCAGCAUCUGUUGACAGUGCCCAGAAAAGUGCUGUGUCAAAAACCCAACGAAGUCCCAGGGCUUUGUCUGCCAUCUUGAAAUCCAAAACAGCCCCCAGGCCACUGAGUGUCCAGUUCAAAUCCCAAAGAGAACUAAAGCUGUUGAGCAAGGCAGAGAAAAUGUUGGAGAGCCAAAACCCACUCAAUCUGAGGGAAAACUACAGCCACAACUGAUGGAUAUUAACAUUUCUGUUUCAUUAUGUCUAAUAUUGACUACCUAAGUUAACAAAGCACUUAGAUCACAUCACUGUAUGUGGUUGAAUGGUGGUGGCAGCAUUUGUGCCAUAAUAUUUCUCAUAUUUGUAGCUGUCAGAUUACAGUAUAAAAUAGCAUUAACUGUAAAUUGUGUUAUUAUUAAUUUGUGCUGUUGAAUCAGAUUUCUUUGUCAUUGUCAAGUGCAGUCCCUGCGGCUCAAGAGAAAAAGUUUAAAUAAAAUUUCAAAAAAAAUAUAUAAAAAAUGAGGUCACUGCCUUGUCAAAAUAAAUGUUUUUGCUCAUGUUCUUCAUU